UAAAUAUUUGAACAUUUUCAUAUUCACACUAUUCAAAGUCAACAUGGCAUUCAGAGAGAUGUUUGUUUUGCUUCCUAUCCUUGGAUUUUUUCUCUUUAACAUUGAGGAAACCUAUUCAACCCCUCUUCCUAAGACCUCAAAGGCCUCGGAUCUGACUGCUUUUAAACCUCUUGAGCUUAACAUGCGCCAGGAUUCUGGAAUUCUCUCAGAUGAAGCUGGCCUUGCUUUGGACUGGGUUGAAAAGUCCUUAGAAACUCGCAUAAAGAGAUCCCCUAAGAAAGGGAAAAGGAGAGGAAAGAAAGACAAUAGUUCUGAAGAAUCCUCAGAAGAAAGUUCUGAAGAAGCUACUACCAACGCUACUACCAACGCUACUACUACUACUACUACUACUACUGGAUAAGCUUGGCAAAACUAGAUUUCAAAACAUCCUAAGCUUUUGCAAACCAUUGAAGACAACAUCUGCCGAUGCACAAAUUAUGAUUAAAAAAUCACAUUUCUAAUCGAUUUCUUAAUAAGCAUAACAAAUUUGUUAACUUUUUUCGAUUGCACGUUUUUCAAAAAUAAAUAUUCGAUUUUUUCAUAUA